AUGCUCUACCAAAUCGCUGACAACAACCUUCAACCGUACUUGAUGCAAGAUUACAAGGAGCUGACCAGUUCUCCCGCCAUUCAAUCGAACGAUUUGUGGGAUCAUUCCGUCUCCAAGAUGAGAGUCAUGCAGCAGCUCACUACCGAGCAAGACUCUGAUCUGGUGUCAUCGGUACAAAACUUUCAAGAAACGGCUCUUUUGGACUGCCGGAGCAAGGGGCACGACAGUACCAUGGCCGUGUUCAGUUCUCAUGGCGGCGGCUUUUUGGGAUUUGGUGGAGAUGACCAUAAAGGAAAGCGUAGAAGAAAACACAAAAGCAGACGCGAGCUACUUAUCUCCAAUGCCAAUCUCGCCACAGCCAUUGGCGCUGCUCUCAAUAACACAGUUGGCAACUCUUCCAAGCUGGACGUCCUUGGCUUCGAUGCCAGUCUCAUGCAAGCACUGGGCGCUGCGGAUAACUACUUUGAAGUUGCACACAACAUUCUGGCCAGUGAAGCUGUUGAGCCCGGUCAUGGUUGGGCCUACAACUAUAUAGAAAAUGCCACCAGUGCUCUCUCCAUUGCAGAGCAAAUCGUGAAUGCCUAUGUCACUCAAACUCAGGGAGGACGCCAUCACCGAACACCAAAGAUUCUUGCCAUUGUCGAUACCAUGAGGUUUCAGCUUUUUGUGCCCGCGAUGGAAGCUUUCUUCCAGGAAUUGCAAUCACAAAUCACAACGGGUUUCUAUGCAGACUUCCAAUCUUUGUGCAUGCCAGGAGGAACCUUGGCUACUCUGCUCACGGCAGCAAUCCAGGCAUACAAUGACAUGAUUGUGGUCAACCGUGUGGGACCAGGUACGCCGAAUGGUACGGCUAUGCAUGUCUCCUGGCCAAACCAAGGCGAAUACAAAAAGAAGAAAUCCACCUGGAACCAGAUACUGUUUGACAAUCCGGUAUAUGUGACUCAAAUUGCACCCCAAUACAGGAACUUUUUGAAUUCCUUUUUGAAUUCCAAAACACCCGCCAGCAAUGGCAGCAGUGUCUGUGCCGCUACAGUAAUACCUCAAGGACAACAACAAUCAACAUCACAAACGGCAACUGGUCGCUCCGGAGUAAUAUCCAACACCACUCUCGAAGCUACAACGGCUCAAUCACCAUCGCCGUCCGUGCCGACCUCUAAUAUAGGCCCAUCUGUGAGCCAAGUCGUCGUUCGAUACGGUAUUGACGUUUCAUCGUCUUGGCAGUCGCUUCUUGCACAAAAUGGACUAGGGCCAGCAGGAGAAAAUUACACCGAUACACCAUUCUACGUCUUUGGUGGCGACGUGGAUGGCACCUAUGAGGGAUACACCUACUCUACAGAAUGGGACAAGACCUUCUACUUCCUCAAUCUUUCGUCAGAAGAUGGCACCGGCGGCAGCCAUAGUCAAAUUGAACUCCUGACGGUCUUUGAUGAAGGAGCUGGUUCCAAGAGAGUACCGGCGCUAUACUUUACUGCUCAGGAUGAGAACUCAAUAUCCAAUUUCAACAUGUCGGAAUGGACUUUAGAGUAUGAUCAAGACGACUGGAUUGAAAAAGUCUUUCGUGUCGAAGCGGACGACCUCUUUGAAGAGGUCCCCGCCGCAGAUGCGGUCGUGAAAGCAAUUCAUGCUUACGAACAUUCCAUAGAGGACGAAGUUACAGUCACAGCCCCCGAAUUUGAGAUCCUGGAUAUUCUUCGUCCAAAUGCCACUGAUGAAGACGACGGCGACGAAGGCGCUGACGACAUGGAAUUUGUGACUCAGAACAAUACAAGCGAUGAUCAUGUGGUUCAUACCAAUGCCACGACAGACGGAUGUGGAAGCAACAUAUUUUGCCAUGAUAACGGUGCUGGAUCCGCUUCAAAAUGCCUCUUCUUCCACACCGAACCCUUCGACAGCACGUGCCAAUGCUACGAAUGCUACGAGUCCGUCCACUGCAGCACCAACGAAUGCUACAUCUUCGGUCAACAGACUAGGAUGGACCCUGGGAUUCCUUGGCGUUGCCUUGUCCCCAGCCUUCGGCUUGACUUUGCUUGA